UAAAUAAUUUGCGUAUUCUUAAAUUUUUUAGUUAAAAUCGUAUUAAAAAAAAAAAAAAAUCCAUCGUCGUAUCAAUUUUUAAACAUGAUUUUACAAUUUGAACUCUAACCUAUGUCUGUUACAUAUGAUAAAAAAGCUUAACUCAAUUAUGAUUGGUCGUUGAAGAUAUAUUAAGUAAAAUAUAUACAAAUAAAAGUAUAUAUCUAGACAGAAAUUGUUAAAUAUUUAAUAGAAGAAGAAUAGUAAAAAAAUCAAAUAGUGAAAGAAGAUAGUUAAGUGGUGUGAUUAAUAUAAUUUAAUAUUUAGUAUGAUUUUUGUCAAAAAGAUAUUUGUUAUUCACAGUUGAGAUUAUAAAAGUGAAAUUGUUAAGUAUAAAGAAGCGUGAUUGAUUUUAGUGCUGUAAUAUAAAAGAAACCUUUUGGUGCAUGACUAUCUUUGUGACUAUAAAAAAUGAUGACGAAUUAUUUCGGAAUGAUCUUUAUUACAAUUAUUCUUAUAAUGUUGUGCAUCUUAUACAAAAGAAGCAGAACUUUUCGUUAUUAUUUCAAAUAUGUCAUCUUUAGCCUACAUAUAGGAACAUCUACAGCUUUUUUAAUUCCAAUUUUUAUAUUUCGACCAAGAAAUGUGAAAAACUUACGAUUACUAGCAAUGGUAGUAGCUCCUAUUACUAAAAUCAUCGGAGUAAGUUGGGAAUUAAGAGGAAGAGAAAUAUUGGAACAAGACAGAACAUACAUAAUAGUAUCAAAUCAUCAAAGUCUUUUAGAUUUCUUGGGAAUGUAUCAAAUAUGGCCAAUAAUGAAUAAAUGCACAGCUAUAGCGAAACGAGAGAUUUUCUAUUUGUGGCCAUGUGGUUUAGCUGCUUGGCUUGGUAGAUUAAUAUUUAUAGACAGGAUGAACUCGGAUUCGGCUCGAAUUGUUCUUAAUAACGCCACGGAUUAUAUUAAAGAAAACAAUAUUAAAUUGUGGAUAUAUCCAGAAGGAACCAGACGCAGUACUGGUACGAUACAUUCGUUUAAGAAAGGUGCUUUUCACGUUGCUAUACGUAAUCAAUUACCAAUAGUACCAGUUGUCUUCUCUUCCUAUUAUUUCUUAUCCAAGAGGGAAAAGAAGUUUGAAUCUGGUCGAGUUAUUAUAAAAGCAUUGCCAGAAAUAUCAACGAAAGGGUUAACGGUUGACGAUGUUGAUAGUUUGUUGGAAAAAACACGAAACAUUAUGAUCGAUACUUUUAAUGAAAUUAAUAGAGAGAUGCAAUUUUCAAAUAAUACUAGUAGUUCUUAAAUAAAAGCGACAAAAGUAUCAUGUUAAUAUAAGUUCAAAUAAGUUAGAUAUUGUUAUUUUUUAUUGUAUAAUUGUAAUUAUAGCGGAUAAUGAAUGUCAGUAUUGUAAAAAUGCUGCGAUGCAUAAUGAUUAUUUUAUUCAAUGUUUUAAAUUUAAUGAUAAAACGAUAAAAUAAAAAAGAUCAAAUGAGAACUUGAUCUCUUUAGGAAGAUAUAUUGUACUUGAAUCAUGUGAAUAGAUCUCCUUCCUUGAAGUCAUAAGAAUCAAAAAUUUGCCGAUUA